CUCAGACAACACACCCAGUGAGGGCUUCCAGAAAACACCAGAGACCUCACUUUACCGUACGAAGAGUCUGCCAUGGAUUAUAAGGAGCAGCUUGAGGAUAUCGUGGCCACAGCCAAAUUUGGAGAUCUGAUUGAGUUUUCCUACCCUAUUGGAUACUCGCACUGGGGAGUUUAUGAUGAAGAUGGACAUGUCAUUCACUUUGCUGUAGCAGAGGAGGGCCAGUUUAUGAACAUGGUGCGGACCCGCCUGCAGACACUCCUCCCAGUCUGUGGGGAUCUUCUUCUGGGCUUCACAAAGAUCCGCAGAAUGCCCAUCGAGGAAGUGACCGUUCCGACAGGAGCCCACGCCUUCAUCAACAACAACAAGCACGCCUUCAGAGCAUCAUGUCCUGAAGACAUCAGGAAACGACGAGACGCUCUGGUCGAUCGUGAAUUCCAAUACAAUCUCCUCUUUCUCAACUGUGAACACUUCGCCACCUUCAUACGUUACGGGAAAGCUGUGUGUAACCAGAUUCCUGCAAAAGCCAAAAAUGUGGAGUGUCAACACGCAACCGAAAUCUUCCAGAAAGUAGUUACAGACAAGGAAAAAGCUGACGCACCUGAAACAACAAAGUUUUUUGACUGAAAACUCCAACUUUGUUUAAUUUUUAUAUUUGUUUUUUAAUCCCCGUAGAUCUGUCAAAGGAAAUAGUUCAGGAUUUUUUAGAAGGCUUUUUUAUAAGACUAGUUUAAAAAUCAGGGUUUAGCCAAAAUAUUACAGCAUCCUAAGGGCACAAUUCUCUGGAUCUACUCUUUCUUGAUUUAAACAUCGUUUUUGAAUCUUUUUGAGGUAACCAAAAGCUGGAAAUUGUGUAUAUAGUUUCAAAAAACAAUGUAAUAUGCCAAGCCAUUUUAGCUGUUCUAAUAUUCUUCUUACUGUUUUUCUUAAUCCUUAAUAGUCGCUUGAUUUCCGUGUACUUUUGUUUUAAAGGACACAUCCACUUUAUAUCUUUCAGACUUGUAAUUGUCAUUUUAUCCUUAUUCCUUAUUUCCUGACAUUGUUUCUGUUCCUAUUGUUGUGAGGUUUAGACG